AUGAAGCGGCGGCAGUCGCAGUCGAGCUAUCCGGUCCCUGUGCAGACCAAGCUGCUUCGGCAGAACACGCAGACGCGCGUUGUGGAGCUCCCCGCACAGCCCUUGCAGCCUUCUCAGCCCGCGCAGUCCGCGCAGUCGGGACGCUCCGUGCAGUCGGUGCAGCCCCUGCAGCCAGUGUCCAUCGUUCCGCAGGAAAACUCGGGGCAUCGCACCCUGGUGGCGCAGGUGGACGGGGUUUCCUACCGCAGCGAAAUAAAGAAAAAGGACAAGAAGAACCCCAAGAAAUGGUCCCCCGAAGAGGACGAGCUGCUGCGCCGCGCGGUGGGCGAGCUGGGCGAGCGGCAAUGGAAAGACAUCGCGGAGCGGAUUCCGGGGCGCAACCACGUGCAGUGCCUGCAGCGAUGGAAGAAAGUGCUGAAGCCCGGGCUGAAGAAGGGGCACUGGACCGAGGAGGAGGACAAUCUGCUCCGACUCUACAAGCCGAAGUGCGCCAACUGGGCGGAAGUGGCGGCGAACAUCGAGGGCCGCACGGCGAAGCAGUGUCGCGAGCGGUGGUGCAAUCACGUGGACCCUUCGAUUCGAAAGAGCAACUGGACGCCGAAGGAAGACAAUCUCAUUCUCUCGCUGCAGCAGCAGUGGGGCAAUCGCUGGUCCUCUAUCGCCGACCAACUCCCCGGUCGCUCCGAGAACGCCGUCAAGAUUCGAUGGAAGUCGCUUCGACGCCACGGCCUGGCCGAGGCCGCGCGCUCCCAGGAUUCCUCCCCCACCGCUCCUUCCCGCAUGGACCAGAUCCCCGUGGGACCCGCCUCCUCCGUGCGAGCCAUGGGAAUGGGGAACUCCGUUGGGUCGGCAGCAGCGAAGGUUGGGACCGUGGGGACCGUUGGAACCACGGGAACCACGGGAACCACGGGAACUGUCGGAACCGUGGGAGCGGUGGGGUCGGUCGUGCCCCUGCAGCCGAUGUACGUGCCGCCUGGCGGGUAUGUGCCGGUGGCUUGCUGUCCGUCGCAGGACGGCGUGAUGGUGUACCCCGAGGCCGUGCCGAUGGGAGGAAUGGGAUUCUCGGUGCCCAUGCAGGCGAUGAAGCGGAUGGGAAGCUCGAGCAGCGAUUUUUUAGGAUACAUGUAUCGUUUUGGAAGCUCGUCACCGUCUCAGUACUUGAAUCCGAAAGGCGAGCCUUCGGCAUUCAUGCACCAGAGCAGUUUUUCGAUGCUCCCGAUGGGCGGCGAGAUGUCUCCAGUGCCUGUGUCUGUGCCCAUGCCAGCUCAGUCCGCCGACAUACCAAGCUUAGGAUAGUUUUUUCUUUGUGUUUG